AGCCUUUUUGGAAAUUUAAAGGGCUGUCUAUGCACUAAUGCCAUUCCAGUAGCUCUACAUUCCUAAUACCCCUCUUGCUACCUGACAAGUGUAAUGCUCAGUGGCUUAUAUUAAUAUCCUGUGUUCAUCUCCAAUUUUAUCAAGGGUAACACCAUGAUCCUAGCUGCUCCCCUAUUGAUUUGGACUUGCUGCCUGCUGCUUUGGCCGCUCCAGGUUGCGGCAGAGGAGGGCGACUAUGGGGAAGAAAUCGUCCUCACUUAUGCGAAAGAAGAAGAUGCCCAAACUGAGACUGAGAAACUAACAUCUCCAGGAGUUUUCCACUGGAGUAAUAAGGAUGCCUGGAGAAUGUCCGGCCAGUAUGUGAUAGUGCUGAAAGAAGAUGUCCACAAGUCCCAGACAGAAAGAGUGAUGCGUCGUCUUCAGACCAGGGCAGCAAAGCACGGCUACCUGGUCAAGAUUGGCCAUGUUUUCCAUGAGCUAUUUCGGGGAUUUGUUGUCAAGAUGAGCAGUGAUCUUCUAGAAAUGGCCUUGAAGCUGCCACACGUAGACUUCAUUGAGGAGGAUGCCUAUGUCUUUGCCCAGAGUGUCCCGUGGAAUCUGGAUAGAAUUGUUCCCGCUCCGCAUGUUGCCAGUCACUUUAACCCACCAAACACAGGGGAUUCCGUAGAGGUGUAUCUCUUAGACACCAGCAUACAGAGCAACCACAGAGAAAUCGAAGGGAAAGUUCUUGUGACAGAGUUUGAGAAUGUUCCAGAAGAAGAUGGGACCAGAUUCUACCGACAGGCUAGUAAAUGUGAGAGUCACGGAACUCACACGGCCGGUGUGCUAAAUGGCAGGGACGCUGGAGUUGCCAAAGGCGUUAAUCUCCGCAGUCUGCGGGUAUUGAAUUGCCAGGGUAAAGGGACUGUGAGUGGAAGCCUUAUGGGUCUGGAGUAUAUCAGGAAAACGCUGAUUGAGCAGCCGUACAGCCCCUUGAUUAUCCUCAUCCCCUUUGUUGGAGGAUAUAGCCGGGCACUAAAUAUGGCCAGUCGGGCACUCAUUAAAUCUGGGGUUGUGAUCAUUGCAGCUGCUGGGAACUACAAGGAUGAUGCUUGUCUAUAUUCCCCAGCUUCUGAACCAGAGGUUAUUACGGUUGGAGCUACCAACUAUGAGGACCAGCCGGUUACAAUGGGAGUGCUUGGCACUAAUUUUGGCAAUUGUGUGGAUAUGUUUGCACCGGGAGAUGAUAUCAUUGGGGCAUCCAGUGAUUGCAGUACGUGUUUCACAUCUAAGAGUGGAACAUCUCAAGCAGCAGCACAUGUGGCAGGUAUUGCGGCAAUGAUACUAAACGGAAGGCCGGAUCUGACUGUGACAGAAUUAAGACAGAGACUUAUCCAUUUCUCCACCAAGAACGUCAUCAAUGAAGCCUGGUUCCCUGAUAACCAGAGACUAAUCACUCCUAACAGGGUCGCCGGAUUACCUGUCAAAUUAGUUAAUGACGAGCAGCUUUUAUGUCGCACAGUUUGGUCACAACGAUCAGGAUUUGCCCGCACAGCAACCACCUCAGUCCAGUGCACCGGGAACGAGGAAAUGUUCAGCUGCUCCAGUUUUUCUAGAAAUGGAAAAAGAAAGGGAGAACAGAUAGAGGAUAAGGAGGGUAAGAAAAUCUGCACAGCACACAACGCAUUUGGAGGUGAUGGAGUGUAUGCAAUCGCUAGAUGCUGUGUUUGGCCAAAAGCAAACUGCCAGAUUAACGCAAGUGCAUCUGAUGAUGACAACCCAGUGUCCACUGCCAGCUGCUCAGAGGAGGACCACGUUCUCACUGGCUGCAGCUCUCACUCUCUGACCGGCCAUUUCAGUGACCAUGUGAAGCCGGUACACAGCAUUGGGAACAGAGACCCUGUUUGCAUUGGGAAAAGUGAGAUCACCGCUCAUGCUUUGUGCUGUCACGCUCCGAGUAUCUCCUGCAGAGUGAAAGAGCAUGCGCCUGUGGGCUUUACUGACAAGGUGACCGUGUCAUGUGACGAUGGCUGGACCCUGACUGGUUGCAAUGCCUAUUCCCGUAAUUCUAACACGUUGGGGGCUUAUCCCAUUGAUAACACUUGUGUGGUCUUAAAUCCAAAAGGUGGGAAAGGUGCAGCAGCAAUUGCAAUUUGUUGCCAGAGUAAAAACACAGAAAAAAGUCAAAAUUCUAAUUAUAGGUGAACGGGAUUUGUAAAAGUGCACCUGCCUUGUCUGGGAGCCAUGUUGUGUGGCCUUAUCCAACAUUCAUGCAGGAGCUCCUUAGUGACGUCACUAAUCACUACUUAAUACAUAGAGUAUAGCUGAAUGUUAGCUCAGUCAACAACUUGACAUCCACCACUUCAUGAAGGUGAUACGUUCACUUUAAAUACAGAUCUAUGGGCAAUUACUGCAGACGUUUUUGUAAUAAGCUGAACCACUACUUAUAUUGUAUCAUUAAGGCCUUUUUUAUUUUUACAUUUUGUAUUGUAUUAUGAAGACUAAAUAUGGUUUGUUAUGCUGUACAGUUUACAUUACACAACCAUUUAAUAUUAAUAAAUAAAUAAAACAUUAGAAAAAGGUAA